CCGCGUGUCGCGAGUCGCGUCAUAAAACGGGGGGUUUCCGUUCGGGCUCUCUCCUCCUCCUCCUCCUCCUCUCCCGGCGUUUCCCGAAGCCUCCUCGCCCGACGCGACGCGCGCCCCGAGAUUUUGAAGGAAGAAAAGAAGUUGAACCAUGGGGAAGAGAAAGUCAGCUGCUAAGCCACCCCCUAAGAAGCGGAUGGACAAGCUCGACACGGUCUUUUCCUGCCCGUUCUGCAAUCACGGGAGCAGUGUUGAAUGCCGAAUUGAUAUGAAGAAUCUGAUUGGUGAGGCAAAUUGUCGAAUCUGCCAGGAAAGCUUCAGCACAACCGUAAACGCGCUGACUGAGCCUAUUGAUAUAUACAGUGAAUGGAUCGAUGAGUGCGAGCGCGUCAACACUGUCGAAGAUGAUGAUGGUGCAUGAGCAUGUCUGGUUGCAAAAUGAAAUGGUUAUUACUACUAUGACUGUAAUGCGUUGGUGUUAUUGGCUGCCACCUUCAGCCAUCCCUGUAGUUAGCCUUAUGGCUGAUCGAACCGUUAGUAGGCAGUUCAUCCUGCGUUUAAUAAACAAGCGAUGAUAUUGUGUACUUGUGUUUGAACCUUAAUAGUAGUGUUGCAUGUCCGAUGUGUAUGGAUCCAUCAUAUAUGAGACUGUGUAAGGUUGGUUCUCUUCCAGUAUGUUAUCAUGGUUGAGAUUAGGACUAAUUUUUAGUACAAGAGAAGAAUGCUAUGUUGGUGGUUGUUCUCAAGCCUGUGGUUGGUAUGUUCAUGUUUUCAUCA